CUCAGUUCAGCAAAAGCUGUCUUAUGGUCAAAACUUGUAAUUUAGUAGCUAAGUGAUCGUUGAUCAUUCAAGUGAGUGGUAUUCUGACCGAUAGUCUAAGCAAUCUAUUUUUUCUGCAUACAUAUUACGAAAUCCGCAGUUGGCAUUGCAAGUGCGUACGAUAAAAAAUGGGUAUGGGCAAUGAAUUCGAUUACAAAUGUGGUCUCAGCGAAGAUCUACAAACAGUUGCCUUCGAAGAAUUGCGUGAAGAUGAAAAUGUAAGAAGCCAGGCGCUGGAGCAAUUCCGAUCCUGGAUACUGAAGCACCCUUCAAUAAAACGCUGUCGUACUGAUCCUAUAUUUUUGCUCCGAUUUUUGAGAACCAAGAAAUUCAGUUUACCCAUGGCACAAGAAAUGCUGGAACGGUACUUAACAAUCAGACAACUGUACUCCGACUGGUUCCAAAAUCUGGACAUAAAUGACCCUGACAUGGAAGCUAUUAUUGACAACGGAUAUAUCGUACCGUUGUUAGAGAAAGAUGAACAGGGAAGACAAGUCAUUCUUACUUGUGCUGGUCGAUUUGAUCCAUACAAGUACACGUCCGCGCAAAUGGUCCGAGCGCACAGCUUGGUAUCCGAAGUAUUGAUGGACGAUGAAGAGAAUCAAAUCCGCGGUUACACCCAUGUAAAUGACGAGUCUGGGCUAACCAUGGGCCACGUUAGCGCUUUUUCGCUCACCGACAUUCGGAACUUGCUCAGAUGGAUUCAAAGCAGCACACCGAUGCGACAUAAGCAGACGCAUUUCACUAAUAUCCCGAAUUACGCCACUAAAGUUAUUGACUUUGCACUCUCGCUUCUUAAUGACAAGCUCAGAGCGAGAAUUAUGGUUCAUACAAGUAUAGAAGAUUUAAAGGAAGCAAUAAAUCCUAAAAUUCUACCUAAAGAAUAUGGUGGUAGUGUCCCACUUGCUGAUAUGAUCGCUGUGUUCAAAAAAAAAUUGCGUGAAAAACGUGACGAGAUAAAAGCCCUUGAUGAUAUGUACAUAGAAGUUUCACCAAAAGACACGUGUUCAUCAGUUUCAGACGGUCUUUGUGGUAUAUCCGGUUCGUUCCGAAAACUCGAGGUUGAUUAACUUAAUAAUUGGAAUUUUUAUAAAUUUACGUUCAUUUAUCAGUGAUAGUUUUUUUUUAUUAAUUGUUAAGGAUUGUUGUGUUUUUUAUAUUAAUUUUUUAACCGAUUAACUUUUACAGAUUUAUAUUGAUAAAUAGUAUUUUUAAUCAGCAUAUAGUUUAAAACUGUUGCGUUGGUGGUGUCAGUUACCAAGAUGACGAUAAAUAAAUAAAAUCACAAUGAUGAUUUUUUUUAUUUUUUAUAAUAGUGUUAUUAUGUAACCGAUAGCUUAAUAAUUGUUUAAAAUUUUUUUCAAAGAAUUUUAAUGUUUUAUUUGAACAC